AUGCCUGAAACUUUAGUAACCGCUGAAAUCGUAACAUUAGCAGAUGAAGUGGUACAAUGUGAAGCAGAAAAAUCUCCAAGUUUAGAGGCGGUAGAAAAAAGUGAAUGCAACAAUCAGGAAACAACCCCGACGGUAGUAGCGGCACCUACUUAUGACUUGAACAAAUUCCGUUUGCAACGUAUACUUAACAAUAAUACUCGCAAUAAGAGUAUAGCUUUAUUGGGGAAUUUCCCUGAUUUAUCCGCUAGUGACAGGGCCAUAGUUAUAUUUGAGAAAAAGGCAUUCCAGGAAAGUGAUGUAGCUACCGCCAAGGAGAACGAAGAAAAAAAUGGCAAAGAUGAAAAUGGUAAAAAGGACGAGACAUUGGAAAAAGUGCUGGAGACAAAGGAAGAGGGGAGUUUAAUAAAACCUACAUACUUUUGCAGUGAUUUAAAAGUACAAACUGAAUUUAUCAACAAUAUUUAUGGUAGUUAUCAAUGUAUACCACCGGCUAAAUUAAGUGGUGUUAAGGCAACUGUUGUAUAUCCUGCUACUGACAAACACAUCGAAAAGUAUUCCAUUUGUCAAAAAUUUUUAAUAAACGAAACUCCCAAGCUGUAUGAAGAAAUCACACUUCCACACAUAACCUCAAGUCAAUUUUCCUUAGAGUGGGUAUACAAUAUUUUGGAACACAAACAAGAAACUGAACGUAUUGUUUUCGAAGAUUCCGAUCCAGAAAACGGUUUUGUUUUAUUGCCCGAUCUUAAAUGGGAUGGUCGUAAUGUUGAAAAUCUUUACGUCUUAGCAAUUACACAUAAACGUGAUAUUAAAUCAUUGCGUGAUCUCAAUGCCUCACAUCUUCCUCUAUUGCGCAACAUACGAUUACGUGCUGCCGAGGCUAUAGAAUCUCGCUAUGGCAUUGCAUUGACUCAGCUGCGUAUGUAUUUCCAUUAUCAGCCAUCGUUCUAUCAUCUGCACAUACACAUUAAUCCUGUGCGCAAUGAUGCUCCGGGAAUAUGGUGCGAAAAGUCGCAUAUGUUAGAUACGGUCAUUAAUAAUUUGGAACUUUUACCGGACUAUUAUCAAAAGGCUACUCUACCGUUUGUUUUAUAUGAUGGUAAUAAGCUAUUGGAAUUGUAUGAAGGUAAAAUGGCCAUUAGGAAAGCUGUGAAACGUUUAGCGCAUGAGGACGAUGCAAAGGAGGGGCCGGAGCAAUCUGAUGUUAAAGCUAAAAAACAAAAAAUUGCCGAAGAGACUACUGAGGAAGCAAUUGAAGCAACAAAGGCUGUGACUAACUGAAUAUUCAAGGUGUAAUAUUUUAUGUUUACAAUUUCUCUGCAAUUAUUCUUAAGUGAAAAUUGGAAAAUCUUAACUAUACAUACUUAAAAAAAAACUAUUUGAUUAAAUGAAAACCUAGUUUCGGUUUCAAAUCUACA